AUGAUAAUUGAUAUAACAAAAGUACAAGCUAUCAAUUCUUUUUCCAGAUUGGAAUCCUUAAAAGAGGUUUAUGGGACUAUAUGGCUGCUUUUCCCUAUUUUGAUUCUCGUAUUGGGAAUCACAAUAGGUGUACUAGUAAUUGUGUGGUUAGAAAGACAAAUAUCCGCAGGUAUACAACAACGUAUUGGACCUGAAUAUGCCGGUCCUUUGGGAAUUCUUCAAGCUCUGGCGGACGGAACAAAACUACUUUUUAAAGAAAACCUUCUUCCGUCUAGAGGGGAUACGUAUUUGUUUAGUAUUGGACCCUCUAUAGCAGUUAUAUCAAUUCUACUAAGUUAUUCAGUAAUUCCUUUUGGUUCUCGACUUGUUCUAGCCGAUUUAAGUAUUGGUGUUUUUUUAUGGAUUGCCAUUUCAAGUAUUGCUCCAAUUGGACUUCUUAUGUCAGGAUAUGGAUCAAAUAAUAAAUAUUCCUUUUUAGGUGGUCUACGGGCAGCUGCUCAAUCAAUUAGUUAUGAAAUACCAUUAACUCUAUGUGUGUUAGCAAUAUCUCUACUAUCUAACAGUUUAAGUACAGUUGAUAUAGUUGAGGCACAAUCAAAAUAUGGUUUUUUGGGAUGGAAUUUGUGGCGGCAACCUAUAGGGUUUAUUGUUUUUAUAAUUUCUUCUCUAGCUGAAUGCGAGAGAUUGCCUUUUGAUUUACCAGAAGCAGAAGAAGAAUUAGUAGCAGGUUAUCAAACCGAAUAUUCCGGUAUUAAAUUUGGUUUAUUUUAUGUUGCGUCUUAUCUAAAUCUACUAAUCUCUUCUUUAUUUGUAACCGUUCUUUAUUUGGGUGGUUGGAAUCUUUCUAUUCCACACAUAGUCAUUUCUGGCUUUUUUGAAAUAAAUAAAAUAGAUGGAGUUUUUGGAACGACAAUUAGUAUUUUCAUUACAUUAGCUAAAACUUUUUUGUUCUUGUUCAUUCCUAUCACAACAAGAUGGACUUUACCUAGACUGAGAAUGGACCAAUUAUUAAAUCUUGGAUGGAAAUUUCUUUUACCUAUUUCUUUAGGUAAUCUAUUAUUAACAACUUCUUCCCAACUCCUUUCAUUAUAA